AUGUGGUGCUUGACAUCCGAAAAUGAUAAUCGAGUCAUUUAUAUUCUUUCAUCUAAUCAAAUAGUCAUAGGAAGAGAUGUUGUUAACCAAGUAUGUAACUUUGCUAUACCUAAUGAUCCUUCAAUAAGUAGACGACAUGUAACGCUGGCCGUAAUUGAUAAUGAAUUGUUUUUGCAAGAUUUAGGUUCUAAAUACGGAACCUUCGUCAACUCCAACAAAACCGAACAUAAUGUCAACAUAAAAUUAAAGGAGAAUGAUGUUGUAAAGUUUGGUAAAAUCAACAGUGUAUGGAAAGUUAAAGUUAUUGAUCUGAUAACAUGUACAUCGACAUUGAAAGGAGAAAAUCUCCAAAAUUUGAAACUGACUAUAUCUAAAAUGAAUGGCAUUUUGAAGGGAGAUUGGGAUGACACUUGCAAUUACCUAACUAUGCCUGCUAUCACAUUGACUAUUAAAGUUGUGUUAGCUUUGGUGCAAGGAUCGGAUAUUGUCACUGUUGAUUUUUGGAACAAGUGUCUUGAAAACAUUACAAAUUUUAUGGUGCUACCAGACCCUAAAGAGUACCUGCCCAAAAUUGUAGAAUCUACACUUAACAAAGAAGUAGUUUCAUUCCUGCCAGAUUCCCGGCGCAGGACAUUGUUUAAAGGAAAGAAGUUUGUAUUUUUCUCAAAGAGGCAGCAUGAGAUGUAUAAAACUGUGUUGGUUAAAAGUGGUGCCACUCCUAUGCUGUUGAGUGAAUGUAGGAUGACUACUUCUAUGCUAUGUGCCGAAAAUAUGAUUGUGAUACAAUAUAUUGCAAGUGGUGCCAGUCAAGAAACUCAAUCACAAAAGAAAACAAUUAAUGAUAUUGUUGCUCAGUUAAAAAACAAAGGUAAAAGAGUUGUGGCUGAUGCAGAGAUUGGUCUUGCUAUAUUGUACUGUUCUUUGGACAAAUAUUGUAAUCCCAACUUUAGUUUCACAUCUGAAGUAGUUAAACAAACACAAGCACCAGUAAAACAAUCAAAAGUAUUGGCCCCUGAAUCCCAAGACCCUGAUUCUGAACAGAAAAAAGAAAAUAUUGUAAUAGAUGAGAGUUUAAUGUCUGAAGAACAAGCUAAUAACCAUUCUAAUAAAAGAAAAUUCAGUGAGGUCACAACUGAAGGACAAGUUAAUGCUAACAAAAAGCUAGCUACAUCUUGCUUGGUAGCCAAUGUGAAAACUGAAAGUGUCAAAAGAAGACUGUCAGAUGAUGAUAAGUCAUUGAACCCUACAAAAAAAGUGGCAAUGGAUAAAGAGAAUAACAGUGAAACAUUACAAAAUAAUCCACCAGAAACAGCGGAUAAUGACAGUAAUUAUGUAUUUAAUUUUGUUAAAACAGGUUCUACUAACAAUACUAUAGGAAAUAAAGUAAAGAAACUCAAUCUCGCAAGACCACAGAAAAGAAAAAUUAAUGACAACAAUGCAGAUGACAAUCUGUUUAAUUUUGUUCAGACUGAGGUUCAAAAUAGUCAGGAUGUUAAGUCUGAUACAAAUAAUACUCCCAAACAAAACUUUAGUAUUUUCAAUAUAAAUAAAAAGAAAAAUGAUACUCAAGAUGCAGUUGAGGGAAAUAUAAUUGUUCCUAAAAUUAAAGGCCUUUCAGCGGAUGAGAUAUCAGCAAUGAGAGGAUCUAAAUUAAAAGAGUUAAUGGAACAAAAUUCCAGGACAUUACCAACAUUGAAGAAAGAAAAAUGUGAAGAAUUAGAAGAGCAAAUGAACAAAUUAGAUUUAUGUUGCACUAUAGUUACUUCUUGUAAUAAUUUGAUUGUAAAGCGAGAAUCAAUUAUUGAGACUGAUAUUAGUUCUGUUCACAAUACUUCUCUUAAGAACUUUAAAAAAUUCAAGAAAGUAUGGCCAAUAAGGAGAUCAACCUGUUCAAUAAAUGCAUCUUCCAUAAACUUAAGUGAUAACACAGCUGCAUAA